AGGAGUAGACUACACAUUUUCAAUGGCCGAUUUUUGGAUUACCUGAAGUGCUGUAACCAUUAGAUGUACAACAAUGUGUGGCAAGCCCUGUGUCUGGAGACUGGUACUCCUGUGCUCUCUGUUUCAGAUAUCUCUAUCGUACACUAACUCAUAUACAGAUGCUGAAGAAAGACGGCGAAACCAUGUUCCACAUUUGAACAAAAACAAAGUGAACACACUUGGUCCCGUUCUAAAACGACACGUAUCGGAAUUGAGAGAGACUAAAAACAAAAAGGUUGACAUCAUCUUUCUGGUGGAUAGUUCAUCAAGUGUCGGGGCCCACGAUUUCGUCAAUGAGGUGAAGUUCGUGAGAAAACUACUGGCCGAUUUCACAGUGGACUCGAAUCAUACCCGAGUGUCGGUGGUGACGUUCUCCUCCAAAAGUCGAGUUCUACGUCAGAUAGAUUACAUCUCGGAUACUUCAGACGACCAACACAAGUGUUCACUCCUACAACAGGACAUUCCUAAGAUCCAAUUCAGGCCCGGAGGGACGUAUACACUGGGAGCUUUUCUACAGGCAAAGGAUAUACUGAGACACUCCCGUCCAGACUCAAACAAGGCAGUGUUUCUUAUAACUGACGGUUUCUCCAAUGGUGGCGACCCCAGACCACAGGCGCGCUUCCUGCGUCAAAACGGAGUUAAAAUCUUCACAUUUGGAAUUCGGAAUGGACACGUGAACGAACUGUAUGACAUGGCCUCGGAGCCAAAGAAUGAGACCUGCUAUAUUCUCGAGACAUUCGAGGAGUUCGAGUCCCUAGCACGCCGGGCAUUGCAUGAAGAUCUGAGUAUGGGCACCUUCAUGGAACAGCCAAUGGAUAGAUGUUCCCAUCUGUGUCAGGGAAUGGGCACGUGUUGUGACCCUCGGGCCACGUGCGGAUGUGGAACUCACGUGGGACAGUUCCUUUGUGUCUGUCAGAAUGGUCACUACGGAACAGGUCUACCCGGGGAGUGCUUCCCUUGUCCACCUGGAACCUAUAAGGAAAGUAGAGGACCUGGUGACGUCACUUCAUGUACCACCUGUCCAGAUAUCAACCAUACAACAGAGCCUGGUGCUACGUCAUCAUCACAGUGUUUCUGCAAAAAAGGAUUUAGGAACUUCAAUGACACCGGAUGUUCGGCGUUGACAUGUCCGGAGAUGACCCCGCCCAAGCAUGGUUACUUCGUCAACGACAAGUGUAACAAUGUUUUCAAUGCUGCAUGUGGAAUGAAGUGUAAACCCGGGUACGAGUUGCGUGGAAGUAGCCUGCGAAUCUGUCAGGAGGGAGGAGCCUGGUCGGGAACACCCACCAAAUGCAUAAUGAAGACCUGUCCUGCGCUACCUAGGCCGAAGAACGGCAAUAUGAUCUGCAGUAACGACGAUUUCACGUUCUCAACAGUGUGUCGGUUCACAUGUGACACUGGAUAUAAGUUGGUGGGCUCACGUAAACGUCAGUGCCUGGCAAACGCACUUUGGACCGGCAUCCCUACUAGAUGUCGAGAAAUAACAUGUCAGCCACUCCCGUCUGUAAGAGACGGAAAUGUGUUUCCUGCCAUGUGUAAUUUGGGCGAAGUCUCCUUCGGAACAACAUGUCAGAUAUCAUGCUAUGCAGGAUAUACAUUGGUAGGGCCGAACCGGAAACAAUGCACUCCUGACGGCAUGUGGGCCCCGGCCAUGGACGGAGAAAUGAGUAGAUGUGAAGAUACGGAGCCACCCCUUCUGCACUGUCCUUUUAAUAUUGAGGUGGUGGCAGAUGACAGUGAGGACAGUGCUGAAGUAGACUGGAUCGUGCCUUUAGCCUUAGACAACUCUGGUUAUCGGCCCUCCAUCACGGUGGUGCCUGCCGUCCAGCCCCCGAAACGAUUCCCUAUAGGACUGACCGCGGUUAAAUACAUUGCAGAGGAUCACAAAGGCAACCUUGCAAAGUGUCAUUUCAGUGUUAUAAUACGAGACGUCACUCCACCAACAAUCGACCAAUGUUACUCACCUCUCCCGUUUGUUUCUGCGGAACGAUAUGCAAAUGUUUCGUGGGAUGAACCACAGUUCAGUGACAACUCGGGUGAGAGGGUCAGAGUUGAAAGGUCACACGAACCAGGUUUGUUUCCUCAGGGAACAACAACCGUUCGGUACACUGCCUUUGACGAGAGUGGAAACAACAGUACUUGCAACGUGAAUAUUUCUAUCAUUCCCCACCCCUGCCAGUACCCUGACGCCCCGCUGAGUGGAACUAGGGAAUGUAGAGAAGAAGAGGAUGGUGUGUACUGUCACGUGACAUGUAACGAGGGGUACGCCUUCGCCAUAGCCCCAGCCGACCAGUACUUCUGUGCCUAUGACAAUGUAUGGCGACCACAGGACAAAUUGCCAAUCCCGGACUGUUCCGCGAAAUCGGCGUCAGAAGCCCUGACGCAACCAGCCUCCAUUACGUACCUGGCUAGUGUGCCUUGUACCGAACACACCAUCCUGAACGAAAUACAACUAUCGUUCGAGCGCAAGGUGACACAAAAGGUGAACACCCUGUGUACGGACAGUUUCCGGUGUACUGUGGAAAACUUCGAGACAACCUGUGAACAAUCAGAAGACUUCAAUACAAUCAGGGUCGUGCUUGGGCGGGACAAGAGAAGCUUGUUCCACACAUUUGAUCCUUACUCUCAUUACGAACGCACAUUUUCGAAGCGAAGUUCCCCUGGGAUUACUACCAGCAGUACCAUCACUUUCGAAUUUGAUAUCAAAGGCGUGGUUUCAAAAACUGGAAAUGUAACAGUAGAUAUCAGUAAACAGAAAGUACUUACAGACGGCCUGUCCAAAGUUUUGAACAAGCUUGAAGAGAAAGCAACUCGGGGAGAGCUGGACCUUAAUCUGAGCGGUAAACGAAUGCAGUUCGCCAACAUGACGUAUGACUCCAAAGGGCCGCAGCCUAACUGUAAACCUGGUAGUGUUGCUGUCAAAGGCUUGUGUGUUCCUUGCCCGUCUGGGACGUUCUUCAAUGUUGUAUCUAAGGAAUGUGAUGCCUGUCAAACGGGAAGCUUUCAGCCAGAUGAAGGACAGAUCACGUGCAUGGUGUGUCCUGCAAACACGUCUACUCACGGAAACUACUCAAAGUCGGAACACGAGUGCAAAGCGCUUUGUCUGCCCGGAACCUUCUCCAUUGAUGGCCUCGAGCGGUGCGCCACCUGCUCUGUGGGAACCUACCAGACUCUGUACGGCAGAACAUCAUGUGACCCCUGUCCGACCAAUCAGACAACCAUAAGGCGUGGCUCCAGGCAAGUCGCUCAAUGUAAAGAUCGAUGUGGACCCGGCCAUGUAUCUAAGAAUGGCCUUGAACCCUGCUAUACUUGUCCAAGAGACACCUACCAACCAGAAGUGUCCAUGACCUCGUGUUUCCGAUGUCCAGGAGAAGGCACCACGGUUAUGCGUGCCUCAACUAAGUUAUCAGACUGCCAGGGCGGGUGGGACCCACAGAUGCAGGCCGACGAUCCCCCAGGAGAAACGUUGGCACAGACAGUCCCGGCCAACGAUUGCUUCAAAGACGAGUGUCAAAACGGAGCCUCGUGUAUAUUUAGAGAUUUCGGAUUCCACUGUGACUGUCUUCCAGGUUUUGAAGGUACAUACUGUGAGACGGUUACGGAUGAGUGUGAAGGAAACCCUUGUCUCAACGGUGGUGUGUGCGUGGACCUGACAGCCGAUUUCUCCUGUCAGUGUGAACCUGGAUAUACAGGGAAAAAGUGCGAGGUGGAUAUUGACGACUGUGUUGCGUCACCUUGCCAGAACAACGGCACGUGCGUGGAUGAGGUCAACGCCUAUGUAUGCUCGUGUGCCACUGGUUACCAAGGUGAUUCGUGUGAACGUCUGAUAGAUGACUGCCAGACAAAUCCGUGUGAAAAUGGCGGGUCAUGCGAGAAUGUACUGGAAGGUUACACAUGCACCUGUUCAACGGGUUAUGAGGGAGCAGAUUGUGAAAUCAACACGGACGAAUGCGAGAGCUCGCCAUGUCAAAAUGGUGCUGAAUGUGUCGACGGCAUUGGAGCAUUUAGUUGCCAGUGUCUAUCGGGAUUUACAGGGAAGACGUGUGAUAUAGACAUAGAUGAUUGUGCCUUAAAUCCCUGCUCAAUUCUCUCGACCUGUGAGGACAUGAUCGAUGGGUAUACCUGUCACUGCACCUCCGGUUUCACUGGGCCCAAAUGUGAAUCAGAGCUAACGGAUAACUACAUGCUGGUCUUCCCGUCCUCUGGGGUGACAAACUACACUACCACUACCAUCGAGUCCGACCUGACGGCCCUCACAGUCUCGUUCUGGAUGAAGACGGAUGAUGACACGAAUCAGGGAACACCAUUUUCUUACGCCUCGUCGAACAUUAUGGAUAAUGCCUUCACCUUGACUAAUUACGAAGGGUUUGUGAUAAGUGUCAACAACCACCAGCAGGUAACGGACGUGAAUGCGAAUGACGGAGUAUGGCACCACAUCAUAGUCACAUGGGCCUCAAAUAGAGGCUCGUGGAAGAUUUAUAUGGAUGGUAUAGUCUGGGAUUCAGGCUACGAUCUUGCGGCGGGAGAAGCCAUUGCAGGUGGGGGCACGUUCGUUGUGGGUCAGGAGCAGGAUCCCGAAGGUUUCAGUAGUAGUGAAUCCUUUAUAGGACAGUUAACAAGACUUAAUAUAUGGUCCAAUGAACUGCCAUUGACAACCAUUGAUGAAAUGAGGAUAUCAUGUGAGGUUGAACAGGGUGAUGUGAUAGCUUGGGCGGAUAUUCAAUCGGGCAUGCGUGGAACAUUAAGUGCAGAACCGGCCAAUUUCUGUCGAGAUUGUCCGGUUCCGGUCACGCCUACCUACGGCACAAUCGAGUACGGUGGCACUACAUCCGGUUCCAUCGUGACAUAUGCCUGUCUGCGAGGCUUCAAUGUGGCGGGAAGGGACAGAAGGCAGUGUCUGGUAACUGGCGACUGGGAGGGGGAGAGAACUCCUACCUGUCAGCGCGUGGAAUGCGGCUAUCCUGGAAACAUAAAAAACGGAUUUGUAGAUGGUGUCUUUAGCUAUGACAACAGAGUCCGCUACACAUGCUACAAAAAUCAUCGUCUAGUUGGCAACCGAACCCGUUAUUGUAAUGAUAAAGGUUACUGGGAAGGCAAAGAACCUACCUGUGAAGCUGUGAAGUGCAGCCUUCCCGAACUAUCCAAAAACACCAGGGUUCUCCAUUCAAACAGAAUAUUUUCUCCUGGGGAUACCAUUAAUUUUGGCUGCGCUGAAGGGCACAGGAUGUACACGAACCAUUCCACUGUCCUGUGUCAGUCGGAUGGAACAUUUUCCAGAAGCAUACCUUCCUGUGAUCUCCAAAAAUGCAAGGCACCACCUCACGUUGACAUGGCGUCGCCUAGAGAUGAACUAGCCGAAUAUUCAGUGGGACACAUGCUAACGUAUGAGUGCGAUUUCGCAUACGCUUUGUCUGAUAAAAAUCCCUCUGGCACAAUUCGGUGUCUUCCGUCUGGAGAAUGGGAACAAAACGUACCUGUAUGUAACAUUUUGGUAUGCCCAGAGCCACCAAAUGUCAUUAAUGGUAAGGCAGUUUGGACUUCACUCACGUUUCUAAGUACAGCAGAGUACAUUUGUAACCCAGGCUAUACUAUACUAGCAUUAGAUAACAUUGCCGAAUGUGUUGAAACUAGGCUUUGGGAACCGCCUCCGCCUGAGUGUGUACCUGUUGACUGUGGUGUCCCGGAUAGCGUGUCAAAUAGUAUACUCAAAGCCGACAGCUACACAUAUCGGUCGAUUGCAACCUAUCAGUGCAACGGAGGGUUUGAAAUACAGGGUAACGCUCAAAGAUCUUGUCUUCAAAAUGGGUCUUGGAGCGAAGGAAAACCUAUGUGUAGUCCCGUCUCGUGUGGGACGCCAGAUGCAGUCGAAAAUGGUCGAUUUAUCGGAAACGAAUUCACUUAUGGUAACACAGUAAGAUAUCUUUGUGAUGACGGCUACCUAAUCAGCGGAGUGGAGGAAAGGACAUGUGAACAGGGCGGCCGCUGGACAAGUCAAAUACCAAAUUGUAGAAGACGUGAAUGUGCAAAGCCGCCUUUCAUUUCAAAUGGCUACUUCACAAACAGUGCCUAUUAUUUUGGUGAUGUAGUGACAUACCAUUGCAAUGAAGGGUAUGACAUUGAGGGAGAUACUAGUCUGACGUGUCAGGCUGACGGUUCUUGGACACCGUCUCCUCCUACGUGUGCCCCGGUAGAAUGUCCAGCAUUAAGAAACAUACGCAACGGAUUAGUCACUACGCAUGGACGCACUUUUACCAGUAAAGCGGAAUAUUCCUGCAAUCCAGGCUACGAGUUAGAGGGAGAGUCUAUCAGGAUAUGCCAACCGGAAGGAUAUUGGUCUGGCAAUGCCCCUACUUGUCAACCAGGUAGCUGUUCUCCCCCAUUCUCUAUCACAAAUGGUAACGUGGAUUUCAAAGAGCUGAAACUCGGUUCCGUGGCUACAUAUGAAUGUGAUGCUGGUUAUGAACUAGAAGGAAAUGAUGUGCGAAGGUGUAUGCCUACCUUGUCCUGGUUCGGCACGGAUCCUGUCUGUAAUCCUGUUAGAUGUAGUGAUCCACCAACUAUUGACAACGGAGGACGAACAACCAACGGGUCAACGUUUAACUCGUUGGCUUCAUAUUUCUGCGAAACAGGUUAUUCAUUAGAAGAUACCUCUACGUUAAUUUGUUCGGCCUCCGCAGAAUGGGCAGGAGUAGUGCCAUCUUGUAACAUAGUGCGGUGUGAAUCACCCUCGUCGGUUACAUCAAAUGGCCGUAUGUACGGGUCAGAUUUCACCUUUAAUAAUACGAUCCACUAUGAAUGCGAUGUCGGAUAUGAUUUGGUGGGUGCAGCAAACAGAACUUGUCUAUCUAAUGGAGAAUGGGAUGCUACCAUACCUAUCUGUGAAAUAGUCAAUUGUAACAGAGCCUUUCUAUCGAAUGGAUAUCCUUCCACAUUUAAAACUGAAUAUGGCUCUGUAGUCUCGUAUACUUGUAGAUCAGGCUAUGUUUUGUUUGGGUCCUCCGAGAGAACGUGUCUGGAGAGUGGUAGGUGGAGCGGUCCAUCGCCGGUCUGUGUUAUCUGUGAUCCACCACCAGUAGUUGCUUUCGCCACGUUUACGGUUUCUAAUGACGGUGUUGUUACGUAUGAGUGUAAUACUGGAUAUGACCUUACAGGGCGGCGUGAACUGGAAUGUCGCAUCGAUGGCAUCUAUCCAGAUAGUCCACCCAAAUGCAUUCCAAAAGCAUGCUCCAAUAUAGAAGAGGAGGAGAUUUUUCAGAAUGGGACCAUUACAUUGGAUGGGAUAACUGUAGGUUCGACCGCAACGUACAGCUGUGAUGAGGGAUUCAUAAUAGUUGGCAGCGGCACAAGAAGGUGUUCUUCAGACGGAAGAUGGAAUGGAAUUUUGCCAUUUUGUAAUAUUAUCCGAUGUGCAGGCUCGUUUUCCAUACAAAAUGGUGACAUAGAAAAUGAAUUUGACAACGUAUAUGAAACGGUGUUAAUGUUCAAGUGUAACGAAGGUUAUUACAUGACUGGUAAUCCAGCAAUCACUUGUCAAUCGAACGGAACAUGGAACGGAACAGAACCUACAUGUAACCAGAUAGAGUGCCCAACCCCAGAAAAAAUAUUGAAUGGAGUGGUUGAUUUCGCUGCCGUUGGGUAUGGUAGCAUUGUUACAUACACCUGUGAAACAGGUUUCGAAGCAAAUGGUAAUUUGACUAGAAUAUGCGAGUCAAACGGAAAUUGGUCGGGUGACCCUCCGACAUGUACUACUUUUUCGUGUCUCCCGCCACAGCCAAUUGAGAACGGGGAAAUCCUUGGUAAUGUCUACAAUCUUGGAAGUCAGAUACGAUAUCGCUGUAACCCGGGCUAUAUUCUUGACUCGAUCCCGUUCCGUUUGUGUAUGUACAGCAAGAUUUGGUCCGGCCCAGAGCCAACCUGUAAUAAGAUACGUUGUAUACCACCACGGACACCGCCUAAUGCCAGAAUCACGAGUCCACGACAGCCAAACUACCACUUUGGGGAUACCAUUCAGAUAGACUGUAACGAAGGUUUCGAACUAUCUAGAGGACAUCAUACAAGAAGAUGCGAAGCAACAAGGAAGUGGUCACGCCCAUUCCCCCGAUGUACAAUCAUAAUGUGUGAUGAUAUUCCAGCCAAACCCAAUGCGAUGACAAGCCUCUUGAAUGGGUCAACAACUUAUAACAGUAUGGUUGAGGUACGGUGUAACGAAGGUUUCAAAAGCAUAGGGGGGUCGGUUGUUACUGCAACGUGUGGGUUGGACGGCAGGUGGUCGGCAGUACGUAUAGAGUGCUCGCGAGCAGAAUGUGAAGACGUCCCGGUCAUAAGUAAUGCACGUGUUAUUGGCGACAGUUUCCUCUAUGGUGAUACACUUACUGUAGAGUGCAUGGAUGGGUAUUCUAUCAGUGGUGAUGCUCAAUUAACAUGUAAAGGGGACGGAUCUUGGUCAGCGACUGUCAUUCCUGUAUGUUCGAUAAUUUCAUGUGGAAAUCCAGGGGAGUUUGAAAAUGGACAGAUUGAGGGUUCAGAAUUCAAUUUUAAUCACGAAGUAGUCUAUUCAUGUGGAUUUGGAUAUGAACUUGUAGGAUUGGGAAGACGAACUUGUCAACAGAACGGUUCUUGGAGUGGUUCUUUACCUACAUGCCGACUCAUAACGUGCACUGCUCCGUCCAUUUGGAAAGGCUCGCCUUCUCUGGUUAAAGUCCAAUAUGUCGUUGCCGACGUGGCAUCAUACAAUUGUGAUGAAGGCUAUGUCAUGGUUGGUAACUCUGAUCUAGUCUGCACAUCUGAAGGAUCGUGGAAUGGCACUCUACCACAAUGUGACAGGAUUACCUGUCCAAAGCCGGAGAGGAUUUUCAACGGUGAAGUCAUGGAAAACGGCGUCGUUUACCAAAGUCGUGCUAUUUACACGUGCGAUGAAGGAUUUGAUUUGGAAGGUGAAAACAUCUUAACAUGCAUAGAGAACGGAAAAUGGAGUGCUAAAUUCCCUUCCUGUAAUCCUGUGAGCUGUGGUGAACCCACGUUCGUCGCCAACUCUGGACGUGUAGGAGAUUUGUAUACAUAUGGAAACCUUCUCACCUACUUCUGUGAGGAUGGGUACACUCUGGUUGGGGAUGACGUUCUAGUGUGUCUAGAGGAUGCGUCAUGGUCAAGUCUCCCACCUCAAUGCGAGCCGAUCUCUUGUGGGUCUCCGCCGCAGGUAUCUGAGGCAAUUCUCAAUGGAGAUGAUUUCAGUUUUAAGAAUAGUGUGUACUACACCUGUGAAGCAGGAUACGAACUAGAGGGGAACGAUGUACUUCGUUGUGCUGCGAACAGUCUUUGGGAAGGGGACAUACCAAUCUGUUCCCCCGUUGACUGUGGGCCACCACCAGUGCUGCCACACUCUAGCACUAUUAUCAUGGGCACCACCUUCGACAGUGUCGUCACCUUCUACUGUGAUUCAGGGUUUACCCUCAGCGGAGAUCCGAUGGCAAAAUGCUCUGUGAAUGCAACGUGGAAUAUUGACCGAAAUCUCAGAUGUAUCGCGGUGGACUGCGGUCCUCCUCCGGUGUAUCCGAAUUCAGUAGCGUCUGUGACAUCAACGCGCUAUCCUUCGGAGGCAGUUUAUUCCUGUGCCAUUGGAUUCGUUAUGUCUGCGAAUGCUGUAUUACGCUGUAACAGAACCGGACAUUGGGCUGGGUUGUCUCCACGUUGUGAUAAAAACAGCUGCGGCGCACCAAAAACUCGAUCUAACGUUAUCGUUGUCGGUAGUGAUUAUCUUCUUGGAGGAACUAUAACGUAUUCCUGCCCUGUUGGUUACACUUUAAAUGGAGAAACGACAGCAAGAUGCACAUCAGCUGGAGAAUGGAGCAGCUCUUCGCCGGAUUGCCAAAUUAAUUCGUGUGGGACAUUCCCUAUAUUCGAUGCAAACGUCAUCCUUACGACCGGGAGAAAAGAUGAGUAUGUGUAUGGGGACCACAUCGAAUUGAUCUGCAGAGAAGGAUAUGUUAUAACUGGGACGUCGUUCUCCCAGUGUCAGGCUAAUGGAAGAUGGAGUUCUGUGAAUCCCACUUGUAUUGAAGAAAAUGUUGAAGCCUGUCCUGAGCGACGUGAUUUGCCGAAUGCGCACACCAUACCUUCAGCUUAUAGAGAGGGCGAGAUGUACACAGUACAGUGCAUGACGGGAUAUCAUGGUGUUGGUAACAUGGAAAUCACCUGUACUCCGGAAAAUGUGUGGUCGAAUCCAAGUGGAGUAUGUCGAAGAGUGUCAUGUGGAAAACCUCGAGUGACAGACAUGGUAAAUGUCAUCCGAAUAUCGGGCCGCUCCUAUCUCUACGGAAACAGGGUACAAUAUCAGUGUCGCCCUGGGAUAGCUCCAGUCAAAAUACCACCCAUAAUAACAUGCCAAGCAACUGGUAACUGGGACGGUGAAAUUGCCUGCUCACUUCCCUGUAAAGGCGGAUGCUUUAACGGUGGACGUUGUCUUGGUUUGUAUGGAUGCAAGUGUCCCACCGGUUAUGGCGGCAGGCGAUGUGAAAAGGCGCUGUGCAUUUUACCCUGUCUACACGGUGGAAAGUGCACGGAUCCAUAUCGCUGUUCCUGUCCCCCGGCUUACACUGGUGUCAGAUGUCAAAAACCAAUCUGCCACCAGCCCUGUCAAAACGGGGGAAGAUGUAUCAAGCCAAACAGAUGUCAGUGUCAACAUGGCUUCAAACCACCUUUCUGUGCAAUAGGCAAAAGAGAAGAGACUGACAACCUUCUACUAAGAGGCUACUAAUAUCAUCCUAUAUCUUGUCAGAGAGGGGAGGACCUCGUAACCAUUUAAUUUUCGGGACCAAUCUCCUUUACCGGCCUUAGCCACAUAACAAACAACAUGUCACAUCCACAUUCAUAUAAUAUCCGACAAAAUGAUUUUAAAAUCAACUAUAUGUUACAUUUCAAAACCAACUACAUCAUACUGCAACUAGAUCAUUUAAUGUCUAUAUAGCUACUGCAGGUGUUUUAAUUUAAACAUCGCCUGGAAGAUGUGCUUACCUUUAAGGAUGUUUCCAAAACAUAACUUAUGUUAUCAAUCAAUACGCAUGUAUAUUCACAUACUUAUUCUAUCCUAAAUUGUAAUUAUUUCGAUAUGGUGUUGGUUUAGUUCCGGCUUUGCAAUUAUACACCCAUCGACAGCAGCACCAACUCAUAUCAAGUUUGUCAUAAAAUUCACUAGAUGUGAAGCAUCUACAUAUGACUUAUCCAAAUGCUGCACCUAUAUUUAUAUAGAAUGACAUCUAUGUGAUGAUUGACAAUUCUCCCGGUGAUCGUCUUGUUAUAGUAUAGUUUUAAUUGAAAGAAAUUAAAGAUCUGUUUAAU